AUGGUUGAAAUGCGUAAACGUUGGAUUCGAGAACCAAGGCGUUGGAGUGUAUUGAAUUGUAUUCUACAAGAAAUAAUUACAAUGGGUAGAAAGAAGAAGAAGCAGACGAAACCGUGGUGUUGGUAUUGUAAUCGUGAGUUUGAUGAUGAAAAAAUUCUUUUACAACAUCAAAAAGCAAAACAUUUCAAAUGCCACAUUUGUCAUAAAAAAUUGUACACUGGCCCAGGUCUACAAAUUCAUUGUAUGCAAGUACAUAAAGAAAAUAUUGACAAAGUACCAAAUGCAAUCAAAGGACGAGACAAUAUUGAGAUAGAAAUAUAUGGAAUGGAAGGAAUUCCAGAAGAAGAUAUUAGAGAACAUGAUAAACAACGAGUUGGAAAAGACAAAGACGAAACAAAUGGUGGUAAUCUAAAAAUGAAUCCAGUUGCCAUGAUGCCCACGCUAAAUCAUGCUCAAAUGAAUAUGAUGCAAGCGCCAAUGAUGCCAUUAUUUCAAGGAAUGCCCUUUGGACUUGGACCAAUGCCACCUUCACUAAUGACACAAAUGAUGUCCGUACCUAUGGUGGCUCAUAUGAGACCACCAAUGAUGCCACAGCAAGCAAUGCAACCGGCUACCAUUGUUUCAACAGCAGCAGUAACAACACCAACAUUAUCAUCAAUUGUCAAUCACACUGGAUCUCCCACUAUAAUAGCAGCUGCGAAACCCUUGUUUCCAUCGGGAGUGAAUGUCGAUUCUUCGUCAAGUGAAGCAACCAAAUCUCAAUCGCCAACAUCGACUUUAACAUCGAAUCAUCAAUCGAAAGCAUCCCCAAAUACCAGUAUUACAUCAAAUAUGCCAUCAGCAUUUCCAGUCUAUACUCCGUCAUCGUUGUCCGGAACUACAGCGACCAAAACGAAAAUUGAUUCAGGUGGUGGAAAUACUAAGAUAAUCCAUCCGGAUGAAGAUAUAUCAUUGGAAGAGUAUCGGGCAAGUUUACCGAAAUAUAAACCAACGUUAUUUACUGGUCAUCAGAUGCCAGCAAUGUCAAUGGGUGCACCUCCAAUGUUAAAUUUUACAUGUCCGCCUUUGCCUGGCUUAUCCUUUUUAACUAGUAACUCGCCGGUGUCAUUUCAGAGUGGACCACAACAAAUUGCAAUGACAAUUAAUCCUAAUGGACGAUUCUAA